GCGCUUUUGCCACAACUGUUGUGCGUGUGUUUGUGUGUAGCGCGCUAGAAAGAUAAACGAUAGGUGGAAAAAAAAAAGCAAACUACAUUUGCAAUUUACAUAUAUAAACAUUUACAUAAACACCGCAAACAAGUGUAUUAAGAUGCCUGCCGGCAUUGUUAAAACACCAAACACGACGCGUGCAAAUGAUGCAAAUGCAACCAAAUCGGCGGACCGCAGUGGCAACGACAACGGCAGCAGUGGCAAGAAAUUCGUGCAGACGCGUCUGCCAUUUAAGCUGAUAACGCCCGUGGCAAAGGCUGCUGCCGCCGCCGCCGCCUCCCCAACGCCAACAGCCACAACAUCUCCAACAGCAUCAGCGUCCAGCGUUGUGGAGGAGGAGCAAUUGGAGCGUGAGCCGCGCAAGCGCAAGCUGUCCUAUGGCUGCGGCGAGGAACCGGUGGCUGAGCAGCUGCGCCGCUCCAACAGCAAAGAGAAUCUGGGCGAGCUGGGCGUGUCUGGCAUUACGUCUAGCAAGAAACCCAAAACGACAGAAGCAAUGUCCGAAGAAGUCAUUGAGCUGGACGACGACGAUGAUGUUGACGACGACGACGCCGUAGACGUAGACGUAGACGUAGACGGAGAUGUCAAAGAUCCAGCUGCUGAUAACCAUGUCAAGGAGAAAAAGGUGAAGGAGAAGAGCGCGGAGAGCGCCAGUCAUCCGGCGCCAAUUCAAAUCAAGCUGCCGCUGAGCAACAAGCGCGGCAAGCGCCGCAAGUCCCUGAGGAAGGCGGAGAAGUCGGUAAAGGCUCCGCCAGCCGCCGAGCCGAGCGACUCCAGCGAUGAUAUUGAGGUCAUUGCCAAUAGUCUUAAUCCGCAAAAGCGACCCAAGGUGAGUGUGGCCAAGUCCAAAGCAUCGCCAAAGAUCACAGCCAAGAUCAAAACGCCUGUCCAGACCAAAUUGAAUGUGGAGGCCAAGUCGAACGGAAAGGCCAAGACGAUUGUCAAGACUGAUCUGGAGUCCAAACCGAAUGUGCCGGCCAAGGCCGAUGUGAAGUCCACGUCCGGAACGGAAUCAAAGGCAAAAGAUGAAUCAAAAUCAGAUAAAGAAUCCAACAAGGAUGUCGACUCGGAAGUGAUGCUCCUGGACAGCAGCGACAACGACCUGAAGCCCGAAGAAAAUGCCGUCGCCGAGCAGUCCAGCACCGAUCUGGACAUGGACGUUGACACAGACACGCUGAACAAAACGUCCCCGGAAAAAGAGAGGGAGGAGGAGGGUGAGGAGGAGGAGGAGGAGGAGGUGCACAAGUCAGCCGGCUCGAGCGCCAGCGCUGCUGCCCUUGUGCCAAAGAAGCCGGAGAAGCUGCAGAACUUGACGCCCAAGCAGCAGAAGCUAAUGGAGCAGCGACGCAAGGCGCGCGAAGAGAAAGAGCGCAAGCUGCAGGAGGAGCGUCGCCUCAAGCUGCUGGAGAAAGAGCAGCGCGAGCAGCAAAAGAAGGCGGCGCGCGACGUCAAGGAGGAACUGAGGCGCAAAGAGCGUGAGGACAAAGAGGAACUGAAGCGCAAAGAGCGCGAGGAAAAGGAACGAAAGCGGCAAGUCGAGCACGAGGAGAAGCGCAAACGCAACGAGGCCAAAGAGGAGGUGCAGCGCAAAAAGGACGAGGAGCGCCGCCGCAAGGAGCAGGAAAAGGAGGAAGCUGAAGAGAAAAAGAAACGCGCCGCCGCAUCCUUCACUAAAUUCUUUGUGCCCAAACAGCCGAAGCAAUCCAACGGUGGCUCGCUGGAUCACGAGCAGAACAGCUGCGACAGCGGCCCCAGUCACAGCAGCAGCCAGCAGCUCGCCUUUCGUCCCUUUCAGGUCAAGGACGAUAUGAUCCUGGCUCCCGUCAUACGCGCCACACUCGGCGCCGACACGCGCCAACAACUAGACAGCCUGUUCCUCGUCCCCGAUGAUCAAGAUGAAGAGGAGAAGGAGGAACUGAACAAUAGCAUUGGACGCGUCAAGCGUCCCACACGCGCCCAGCUCUAUCUGAGCGAACUGAGCCUGGGCAAGCACAAGCCGCUGGCCAGCAAACGUGAUGCCCGACUGCAGAGAAGUGCCAAGGAUGAGGAAGAUGACGAUGAUGUCCAGGUGAUUGAUGAUCUGGCCAAUGCGGGCACGCCCAUUGUGGAGGAGCGGCCCAAGCAGCUGCCCUGGACGCGUGCCAAGUAUUUGCACUUUGCGGACAAUCGUCGUCCGCCCUACUACGGCACCUGGCGCAAGCGCAGCCAGGUGAUCAGUGCGCGCCGUCCACUGGGCCAGGAUAAGAAUCAUUUCGACUACGAGGUGGACUCCGAUUGCGAGUGGGAGGAGGAGGAGCCAGGCGAAUCGCUUAGCGCCAGCGAGGAUGAAAAGGAGCGCGAGUCUGAGGAGGAAUCUGAAGAGGAAUACAACGAAUGGUUUGUUCCCCAUGGCCAUCUCAGCGACGAGGAGUUGCAAAACGAUGGCGAGCUCGAGGAUGGCAACACACGUGAGGCACAGAAAGCCAAGCUACAGGUGCUGCAACAGGAGUUUGCACAGGAAAUGAAGAAACAGACCAAGAAGAUUAAGCCACGCCUCCUGGGCCCCGUCUGGCUAGAUGAGAGCGGCAACAAAUCGCAACUGUGCCCGGCCGUCUUCAUCCAGACCAUUGACAUGUACGGCUGCUGGCAGCUGCAGCCGCUCACGCUGGAACCGCCACCGGAGUCCGUUGGCGAGGAAGAGCCGCCCGAGGAAGUCAAGGCGAAGCCAAGCACAAUGCAGCUUGACGAACAGUUGCUGCAGCAGCUGGUGCGUCUUAUACACGGCAAUAGCAAUGCCAAGGCCUUCCUUAUCUCCGAGUAUCUGGAGUACUUGAAGACGCAGAUUCCGCAGGAGUCGCAAACACUGCUGCCGCCCAAGACUCUGCUGCGCGAGAAGUUUGACGAGCUGGCCAGCUGGAAGCCCGUCGAGCUGGGCACUGGCACCGAAGCCAAGAGGUCGAAAAAGCCCAAAAAGCGACUCUGCUGGGUGGUCAAUGCAGAAAUGCUACACAAGUUCAAUCUGGACAAGCUGACGCUGCAGAACCAAUGGAGCUAUACACUCACACCCAAGAUCAGUAAGACGGACACAUCUUUGCGCGAGGCCACGCCGCCCGCAGACGCAGCGGAGGCUUGCAGCACGCCCAAAUCCGAUGAUAACAAGCGCGAGGAGUCUGCGCCCAGAACGUCCAUAACAGGCGCAAGCACAGGCACCGCUGCCACAGCUGGCACGGCUUCACCCGCGGCGACCACCAAGAAACGUGGCACACUGCUCAUGUCUGUGCCGCGGGAUCAGCAGUUCCAUGCGCCCACCAAGAAUGCGCUCAUUAGCCAGUAUCUGCGCAAGCACAACGAGACGACCAGCAGGAAGAAUCCCUCACCGGCGCCAAUGACCGACGAUGUUGUUCUGCUCUCCGACUAAACGGAGCUUGUCUCUUCUCUCUAAAACAUUAAAUAUAUCUAUCUUUGUCACACCCUUUGCCUAGUAUCUAAA